AUGCUUUCACCAACCGUGAUCCUCACGGCGUUGGCUACCUUUGCCAACACCGUUGCCGCCGCCGGUGUCACCGGAGCCGCUGAAGGCUUCGCGAAGGGAGUUACUGGUGGUGGCUCUGCUGCCGCUGUCUACCCAUCGACCAACGCUGAGCUCGUUUCGUACCUGACCGACAGCUCGGCCCGUACCAUCAUUCUAACCAAGACUUUCGACUUCACUGGCACGGAGGGAACAACGACAACCAGCGGAUGUGCGCCUUACGGCACUGCCGCCGCUUGCCAGCUGGCCAUCAACAAGGACGACUGGUGCAAGAACUACCAGGCCAGCUCCCCCACUGUCAGCUCCCUGACCUACGACAAGGCUGCCUGGAAUGCUAUCCAGGUCAAGUCCAACAAGUCUCUGGUCGGCCAGGGAUCCGCCGGUGUGAUCAAGGGCAAGGGCGUGUACAUCGCCAACGGUGUUAAGAACAUCAUCAUCCAGAACGUCCACUUCACCGAGAUCAACCCCAAGUACGUCUGGGGUGGUGAUGCUAUCUCUAUCGCUGGUGCCGACAUGAUCUGGAUCGACCACGUUAAGACUUCCCGCAUUGGUCGCCAGCACCUUGUCCUCGGCAAUGCUGCUUCCAACCGUGUCACCAUUUCCAACUCUGAGUUCGAUGGCUCCACUGACUGGUCUGCCACCUGUGAUGGUCACCACUACUUCCUGAUCUACUUCACGGGAAGCAACGACAUGAUCACCUUCAAGGGCAACUAUGUCCACCACUCUUCGGGCCGCAGCCCCAAGGUCGCUGGCAACACCCUCCUCCACGCCGUCAACAACUACUUCUACGCCAACAGCAAGCACGCUUUCGAGACCUCCGCGGGUGCCUACGUCCUUCUCGAGGGUAACACCUUCCAGAACGUCGUCGAGGUGAUCGACCCGACCGCCAAGGCCGGCAAGAUGUUCACCUCCCCCGAUGCCAACGCCAACGCGAACUGCAAGUCCGCCCUCGGCCGCGCCUGCGUGCUCAACGCCUACGGCAGCACCGGAACCUACACCAGCUCCGACACCAGCUUCCUGACCAACUUCCAGGGCAAGAACAUCGCCUCUGCCAGCGCUGCCUCCGCCAACGUCGCCAAGACUGCCGGUAUCGGCAAGCUCUAA